CUUUCCACCGCAUAUCAUCCUUUUUGUAGACUUCUCUCCCGUUUCAUUUUCUCUCAUCUGCUUGACACACGACCUUCUCACCAGCACCGACCUCUAUCGUCGCCAGAAAAUGAUCAACUGCAAGAUCGAAGCCACUCAAGCGGGAGAUCUUGCCACCUCUGAUGCUUCUUCUGAUCAGGAGUUCAUUACUUUCGGUUCUUCCGUCACCGAUUUGUGCUCCUCAGGUCAACGGAUAGAGCAAACCCAAUUUCGGAUUUCGGGAUUUAGGCCACGCAGGAUGUUCUUCAAGACUUGCAAGAGAAUAAGGUUAACGAGAAGCUCAGAAUCCAUUAAUGGACUAGGUAAACAUGAAAUCUUUAUUCAAUCCCUGUUGAAACUUGAAAAAGAAGUAGAGAAUUGAUUGAGAAAGAAGACCGAGCAGCAUGACUCACUUCCGAAAGAUUCUGAUCCACUUCUUCUGUCAUCUAAUAUUAGAAGGAAAGCAGACCCAACCUUUGGAUUCGAUAUCUAUUUAUGAACUUAUCACAUGUAUAAUAAUAAUAAUAAUAAUAAUAAUUUAAACAAACAAACUUUUGAAAGAAAAAAUUCACUAAAAAUGGAAGUUUCGAGAUGAUCCACGUAAAUGUAAUUUGAAACAU